CACCGUGCUCGCUCAGUCUCGACCAUGUUCAAUGCUCAUUCCUCUGAUCAUGCGCGCCCGCGACAAUCAGAAAACACGCGUAUGAGAAUGAAAUGUCAAGUCAUCAAUACCCUUGGACUUUACAAGCUGGCACAGGCGCUCGAACGAAUGGGCAGCUCCUUGACGCUGAUAUUCAGCCCGAAUUCUUUGCAGAUCGUCAAGUGGGAAGCACAAGCUGGUGGAAUGCAGGUUUGGGUGACCAUACCUCAGGGAACCUUGUUUUCAAGCUUUCGCAUCUCCAGCGCUUUACAAGGCUCCGAAAUACCACUUGAUUUAAGGCUGGAGGACUUAGCGCAGGCCAUGAGAGCAGCUCAAGAAUUUCACAACGUCAGUUUACAGCUGAUCAAAAAGCCAAGCGCCAGUGGGGAUUCUCGACACCAAGCGUACCUGGAGUUUGUCAUGGGGAACGAUAACCAGCAAGCACGCGAUAUAGCGUUGACUUUUGAAAUCCCCGUCAGAAGAAUACCAACCAAUGCGCGAGCCACCAUUCGCGAACCCCUCGAUAACCGUGUGCCAGAGGCUGCUAUCCUUCUUCCAAAUCUCUUAUCCCUUCGAGGCGAUAUUAACCUCCUCAAAUCACAAACGCGCUAUAUAACAUUGUCGGCCAACAUGGCUGGUGAAUUCCGGUGGCGGGUAGACACAGAGCUUGUGACUAUGGAGAAACAGUACAAUCAAUUAGAGAAUCCAAGUAUCGCGGAUGGCCCUGGUAUUCUGCAGGCGUAUCCGGAUCGAUCCCGCGACAUGUUUGCAUCCGCUCGAAUACCAAUAGAAGAUCUAGUCAACUUUUUGAAUUGCUACCACCUAAGCCCUGGAAAUGUGGUUUGCGCUAUCCAUGACGAACGCCAUAUCACAUUGCAUGUUGCUAUUCACUUUGAAUCGUUUCUGGAUCAUGCCAGCAAUUAUCGUACUGAACCCACCAUGAUGACAUACUAUAUACCUGCACAUAUCGACUAGUCCUCUACUCAUAACGGCAGUGAAGACACAUGUGC